UUGGUCGGCUCCAGCACCCUGUUCUUCGUGUUCACGUGCCCGUGGUUGACGCGUGCUGUGUCCCCAGCCGUUCCCGUCUACAAUGGCAUCAUCUUCCUCUUCGUCCUGGCCAACUUCAGCAUGGCCACCUUCAUGGACCCUGGCGUCUUCCCCCGAGCGGAUGAGGACGAGGAUAAGGAGGACGACUUCCGGGCCCCGCUCUACAAGAACGUGGAUGUGCGGGGCAUCCAGGUCCGAAUGAAGUGGUGUGCCACCUGCCACUUCUACCGCCCACCGCGCUGCUCCCACUGCAGCUCACCCUGACGUGCUGCUCCUGCCCAGGACUUUGACCACCACUGCCCCUGGGUCAACAACUGCAUCGGGCGCCGCAACUACCGCUACUUCUUCCUGUUCCUGCUGUCCCUCAGCGCCCACAUGGUGGGUGUCGUCGCCUUCGGCCUGGUCUACGUGCUGAACCACGCCGAGGGGCUGGGAGCCGCCCACACCACCAUCACCAUGGCUGUCAUGUGUGUGGCCGGCCUCUUCUUCAUCCCUGUCAUCGGCCUCACCGGCUUCCACGUGGUGCUGGUCACUCGGGGGCGCACUACCAAUGAGCAGGUGACGGGGAAGUUUCGUGGGGGCGUGAAUCCUUUCACCCGAGGCUGCUAUGGGAACGUGGAGCACGUGCUGUGCAGCCCCCUGGCUCCCCGGUAUGUGGUGGAGCCGCCCCGGCUGCCGCUUGCUGCUCGCCUGAAGCCGCCCUUCCUUCGGCCCGAACUCCUGGAUCGAGCUCCUCCGCUCAAGGUCAAGCUUAGCGACAAUGGGCUGAAGGCUGGCCUGGGCCGAAGCAAGUCCAAGGGCAGCCUGGACCGGCUGGAUGAGAAGCCACUGGACCUGGGGCCGCCACUGCCCCCCAAGUCGGAGGCUGGCUCAUUUGGCGGUGACCGGCAGACCCCGCGCCCAGGCAGUGCUGAGAGCGCCCUGUCGGCCCAGAGGACCAGCCCCCCGACACCCGCCAUGUACAAGUUCCGGCCUGCCUUUCCCACAGGCCCCAAAGCGCCUUUCUGUGGCCCAAGCGAGCAGGUCUCAGGCCCUGACUCCCUGACUCUGGGGGAGGACAGCCUCCACAGCCUGGACUUCACGUCUGAGCCCAGCCUGGACCUCCCUGACUACCCCCCUGGUGGUCUGCACACCGCCUACUCGCCUUCCCCUCCGCUCAGCGCCGCUGACACCUUCUCAGGGGCCUUGCGAUCCCUGAGCCUCAAGGCGGCAGGCCGGCGGGGUGGGGACCACAUGGCCCUCCAGCCCCUGCGCUCUGAGGGUGGGCCCCCGACGCCCCAUCGCAGCAUCUUCGCCCCCCACGCGCUCGACAACCUGUCCAGGACCAUCAUGGCCUCCAUCCAGGAGCGCAAGGAUAGGGAGGAGCGGGAGCGGCUGCUGCGCUCUCAGGCCGACUCACUCUUUGGCGACUCGGGCGUCUACGACGCGCCCAGCUCCUACAGCCUGCAGCAGGCCAGCGUGCUGUCGGAGGGCCCCCGAGGCCCUGUGCUGCGCUAUGGCUCCAGAGACGACCUGGUGGCCGGGCCAGGCUUCGGAGGCGCCCGCAACCCCGCCCUGCAGACGUCGAUGUCCUCGUUGUCGAGCGCAGUGAGCCGGGCGCCGAGGACCUCCUCCUCCUCCCUGCAGGCAGACCUGGUCAACAACAACGCCCCGGGACCCCGGCCAGGGAGUGGCUCCCACAGGUCUCCCCUGCGCCAGGCCCCCCCCUCCCCGCCCAGCACUCCCCGCUCGCCCUCCUACAUGGGCCCCAAAGCCGUUGCCUUCAUCCACUCGGACCUCCCGGAACCACCGCCCUCGCUGGCUGUGCAGAGGGACCACCCUCAGCUGAAGAACCCCCCAAGUAAGCUUAACGGGCAGUCCCCGGGCCUGGCCCGCCUGGGACCUGCCGCCGGCCCCCCAGGGCCCUCCACCAGCCCUGCCCGGCACACACUCGUUAAGAAGGUGUCUGGCGUGGGUGGGACCACGUACGAGAUCUCCGUGUGAGGAGUGACGGCCACCCAUCCGCUGUGGCACCACGGGGACCAGGACCCCCCCAGCGGCUGCCCCCCACCCCCCGACUUCUCUGCCCUGACAGAGGAGGAGGCCCAGCAGGUGUGGACGCAUCAGCAGGAGGGAGAACCACGCCUCCACGAGUCUGUCCCUCGGUCUCCACCUGUCCAUCCACUUAUCUGCUCACGAGGGUGCGGCCAGGCCAGGGGCCACCAGCUACAGGAUCUGGGUUGGUGCCCUUGCUCCCAUAGGCUGGGCCUCGAGGGUCACGGACUGCAUCUGCGUGGACUGCACCCAUGUCCCCGCGAUUGUCACCAGGCCAGCCCCCACCCAGUCCCUUUAUAGAAGGGUCGCUGUGGCUCAGAAACGGACAGAGGGGCCUGGGUCCCUGGCCAUCCUCCGGACUGAGGGCCCACCGCCGGGCUGACCCUAACCUGCCGCCUUUCAGGGACCCGCUGGAAACUUCUAGUGUGGUGAGGCCGCUGCUUCUUCGGGGAAGCCAGCCCUGGCCCGCAGCCACCCAGCUCCAGGGCUACUCUGGGUUUUGACAGGUGGAUGGACAGACGGACAGACUGCCAGCCGUGGGUGGGGUCCUGGCUCCAUGUGUCCCGUCUCUCCCAGCUGGUGGGCGUGUCCCCGUGUCUGCGCUGAGCUGCCAUGCCACGCCCCAUGUGUUAAAGCUCGGGGCCCCGCGGCCCCACUGCCGGGAAACUCGCUGUCAUUGAAGCCUUAACCUCUGCUUUAUGCUCUUGUGGUGGCACCGGGGGCAGGUGGGAGCAGGCACAGGCUGGACGCUGCAACAGGGGCUUCUGAGACCAGGGGUCCCUGCCCUGCCAAACGAGAUUCCCUACCCCAAGGCACGCGGAGUCGGGGCGCCAGAGCCCCGGCGUCUGCGUGGGAAGCACAUGGGGAGGGGGUCAGAGCUCUGCCUGGCGCCAGGGACCCGAGAGUAAGCACACAGCAGCGUUUGCUUGCGUUGUGUCUGUUUUAUGUUUUUAUAUCUACAUCUAUAUAUCUAUAAUUUUAUUAAAAAAAGAAAAAGAGUCA